ACCCACACCAAGACCCGUUGGCAACAGGACGCUCGCCCGCCAGCCCGAAACCAGCACAGUCACUCCACACGGACGCUCCUCCAAGUAGCUGGGCAGACAGCUCAAGAACACGAAUACUACCACAGCGUGCAGCCCAACGCAGUUGCACUGAGAGAUGGAUACGAAUGCUGCUGUAGCUCCAUCCAAUGGCGCUCAGGCAGAGCAGCCGGAAAACAUCGGAAGCGGCGCAGACACGACCAUGGCCGCGAGCUCCGAUGCCAGGCCAUCUCUGUCAGACUCCAGAGAUGAUGGCCAGUCGCUCCUGCUGCCGCCUCUCCUUGCCGCGGCAGCUCUGCCGUCUGCUCCCUCGCCAUCGGCCUCUGUCGCAGCCGACCAUCCAAAGCCGCUCUCGACGCCGCUCUCGACGCCGCUCUCGACGCCGUUCUCGAAGCCCCCUGCCAGUCCCGGCAGCAUCCAUCCCUCCGGAUCGAGCUCCUUGGCCUCUGCCCACUCGCCCUCGUCAGCGGCAGCACCCCUCCCUCCACCAGCUGCUGCUGUCGGCACCGGUGGAUCGUCUGUCGGCGGCUCCACCGGCUCUCCCAGCGGGUCCUCCAAGACCGCAAGAGAGUCUCGCGGAGCUGCCGUGGAUGCCGGUCUGGUCUCGGCAGGUCUGCUCCCGGCCGAGUCCGCGCACAACAAUGUCCACCACGAUGCACACCACGAUCCGCGCCGCGGAGCCAUCCAAGACCCGCCUCGUCAUGCCGGCGGGCCGUUGGUCGGCGAUCUCUCCGUCUCCAAGGGCCAACCCACCCCGGCCAUCACCGACUCUUCUGUCGCUGCCCCGCCGUUGGCUUCCGGACCGACACCAAGCACAGAUCGCAUCCACAGCACCCAUUCCUUUGCCUCGGCGACCCAGAUGGACAUCGACGAGCCCACCGAUCCUGGCUCGAGCAGCCGCGGCGGCCCGCCUGAACCAAACGCUGCUUCUCCGGCCGGCCAGCCAGCGACUCGCGCACCUGGAUCGUCUCCUGCAUCCGAGCUGCAUCCUCCUCUUGGUCCGGCGCAGCCUCAAGGGCCAGCGACCACCUCCAAGGCCGCGGGAGCGCCUUCGCCGUCUCCUCUCUCGACGCUGCCGCUUCCUUCGCUCGCUGGUGCCAGUCCUCCAUCGGGCCACGGUGCGGCUGCAUCAGGACCGGGCACUGGCUCCGAGCGACGCACGGCGGCAUCGGCUCCCGCAUCCAACCUGCAUCUGCCAUCGGGAUCGUCGGCAUAUUCCUCACCGCACGCGUCGUCGCCGUCGAAUCCACCACCAUCAUCGAAAGCGCUGAACCCAGGAUCGUCGCAGCCGCCACAGCCAUCGCAGCCGUUCUCGCCUCCCACAAAGCAGACACCGUUCCCGCCGCAGUCGCCCUAUCCAAAGUCCCAGUCGUCGUCGUCGUCGGCCCCGGUGCCAAUGUCGUCUCCGUUGCCGCCAAUGUCGAGUGUGUCGGCCUCGUCGCUGCCGCUUUCGCAUCCGUCCCACUCGCACCCGUCGACGUCGCCAUCGCCGCUGGGAUAUCCGUCUCGGCCAUCGCCAACGAUCCUCCCGCCCCUCAACCCACAGCCCGGCCCUGGUCCCGGCCAUGAGUCUGGCCACAGCCACCUUGGCAACUUUGGGCCGCCAUCGCAGGGCCACCAACUGCUCCCGCCUCCCUCGUCGCACGCCCUCCCGCCGAUGAGCAGCUCGCAUCUCGGUGGGCCGCUUGGUCCUCCUCUGGCAGCGCUGAACGGGCCUGGGUCGGCAAGCAGCCUCGAGCAGCAGCAGCAUGCUUCGUCGCUGUCGUCGAUGGGCGACGAGGGCGGCAAUGUGCGAUCGCUCAACGUCGGCCACGCGCUGUCGUACCUGGACCAAGUCAAGUUCCAGUUCGGCGACCAGCCUGAGGUGUACAACCGGUUCCUGGACAUCAUGAAGGACUUCAAGUCGCAGAGAUCGCCUUUGGUCGGCUCCCUCGAGACUCCCGGCGUCAUCGACCGAGUCUCGACCCUGUUCCGCGGCCACUCGGCCCUCAUCACCGGCUUCAACACCUUCCUCCCACCGGGAUACCGCAUCGAGGCCACCAGCAACCCCCACGAUCCCGUGCGCGUCACCACCCCGGCCGAUGUCCAUCACAUCCAAGGCAUUUCGGGCUCGGUCUCGAUCGUCAGCACCGGUGUCUCGGUCAAUGCAGCGGGCCCUGGCGCCUCUGCAUCCGGGUCGGUGCUCCCGGCCCCCGGCCCAGGCCCAGGCCCAGGCUCGUCCUCGGGCGCCGGUUCGGUCCCUGCCGGCCCUGGCAUGGGGGUCGGGAUCGGCCCAGGUGGUCCGCCGAUGGCUCCAGGCUCGGCCGGCUCGUCUGGCGCUGGCUACUACGGCCAGUCCCGUCCUGGCGGAUCGGGCUACUACCCAUCGCCGAUCCCACCACAUCCGGACCACGCCACUGCAGCCCACAUUGGCUCGGCGGCCUUGUCGUCGGGCUACAUCGGUCCAGCCCAUCCGGCCGGCGCUCCGGGCCAGUCACCGCAUCUCGGCAGCGCAUCGGCGCGAGGAGGACCGGGUGCGGCCCCUGGCGGCAGCGCAAUGCGCCCAUCGGGCCCGGCCGAACCGCCCAAUGGCGACAGUCGCCGGCCGCCAGUCGAGUUUGGCCAUGCCAUCAACUACGUCAACAAGAUCAAGAACCGCUUUGCCUCCGAGCCCGACAUCUACCGCCAGUUCCUCGAAAUCCUCCAGACCUACCAGAAGGAGCAGCGGCCGAUCCAAGAGGUCUAUGCCCAAGUCCAGGUCCUCUUCCGCCACAACCCCGAUCUGCUGGACGAGUUCAAGCAGUUCCUCCCCGACAACAGCCAGUCGCAAGGCGCUGGUGGUGGACAGGGGCUCCCGGGUGGUUCUGGACCAGGAUCCUCAGGAGCAGGCUAUCCGGUCGAGCUGGGCCGCAGCAGCUCCCUCGGUCCACAAUCUUCUGCCUUGAACAAGACCCCAAAGAAGCGCACCCAGCCCUCGUCGACCCAGCCAGCGACGGGUGCAGCGCCGAUUGCACCCGAUGGCCUGGUUGGCGCUGCUGGCGGACCGGCGGCUGUCCUUCCAGGCGGAAUGGUCACCGCAGCGUCCAGCGGCGGGCUCGGUGGAGGAGGCACGCCCAGAAGCAAGAAGCAAAAGAUCACCAGCAUCCAAGCAGCGAGCCCAAUGGCUCAGUCGCAGCAGGGAUUCGGCCAGCGCGGCGGGGCUGGUCCGAGCCAGACUCCGGCGGCAUCGGCGUCGGCAGCAGCAUCGACAACCACAACCUACGAAGAGCUCGAGUUCUUUGAGAAGUGCAAGAAGGCGAUCGCGUCCAAGCGAACGUACGACGAGUUCCUCAAGGUGCUCAAUCUGUUCAGCAACGAGCUGAUUGAUGCGCGGACCCUGGUCGAGCGGGUGGAGCCGUUCCUCGGCAAGAACUCGGAGCUGCUGGACUGGUUCAAGAAGUUCAUGAAGUGCGACGACGACGACAUGAUCUUCAAUAUCCCACUCACCGACAGAGAGCACCGCGAGCGCAUCGACCAAUAUGAGAAACCCGAGUACGACCAUCAGAAGAUGCGUUUGUCGGGCCACAGCUAUCACUACGUGCCUCCCAGUAUGAUCGGAGCCACGUUCUCUGGUCGCGACGCCCUCGGCAAGGAGGUCCUCAACACCUACUGGGUCUCCCACCCAGUGUUCCACUCGGAGAAUGGCUUUGUGUCGUCCAAGAAGACCAUCUUUGAGGAGAAUCUGUACCAGAACGAGGAGCAGCGAUACGAGUACGACAUGAACAUCGAGGCCAACCUGUGGACCAUCACGCUGCUCUCGCAAAUCAACGAGAAGAUGCAGGCCAUGAGUCCGGAGGAGAGAUCCAAGCUAAAGUAUCGGGAAGGCUUGACGAGUGAAUCCGACUCCUCGUCAAAGAUAUACAAGCGUGUGAUCCGCAAGAUCUAUGACAAGGAUCGUGGCGAGGAGAUCAUCAACGCCAUCCACAACAAUCCCUCGGUGGCGAUUCCGAUUGUGCUCAAGCGACUCAAGCAGAAAGACGAGGAAUGGCGACGGGCCAAGAGAGACUGGAACAAAGUCUGGCGAGAAGUCGACCUCAAGAACUUCCACAAGUCGCUCGACCACCAAGGCAUGCUCUUCAAGGCGGCCGACCGCAAGAACCUGACCCAGCGCAGCCUUGUCCAGGAGAUUGAAAACAUAUACCACGACCGGCGCAGCUCGACGACCAAGCACCCCCAAAAGUACCAUCUCGAUGCCCUCUAUCGCGACAACGCCGAAGGCCACAACAGCAGCGGCGAGCCCAUCUUUGCGCACGUCCGCCGGCUCCUGGGCUGCACCAUCAGCACGCUCCAGACGGUGCCGGCCUCGGACGAGCGCAAGCUCAAGCGAUUUGUGCGCAAGUUCAUCCAGAGCAUCUGGUUUGUCAACCCCGGCAAGGACAACGACGAGGUCCAGCGGGCCGAGGAUGUGCGCGAGGACUCUGUCCAGCGGCAAGAUGGCGAGUCUGGCGACGAGUACGAGACAGCCAGCAACGGGCGUCGCCGUGGCGGCGGCAACGGGACUGGCGACAACCUGCGGGCGGCCAUUCUGCGACGAACCAAUGCCGGCUCUGCACCCAGCACUCGGGCCAGCCGCAAGAACAACCGCGGCCGAUCCGACGGCGACGAGUCGAUGGAGGACCGCGACGAUGCGCCCAGCGAGGCGGGCAGUGCGCGCGGCAGCCGGACGGGCGACGACGGCUCUGGCCACGGCGAUGGCCAGGUCUCGGACGAUUCGGCCAACUUUGGCGAUCUCAGCUCAGACGACGACGAGGACAUUGCCGCGGGCGACGCAGACGCCAACGGAGGCGAGGCAGUGGGCCGCAGCGACACUGGCACAUCCAGGCGCCCCGGACCCGUUCGACGGAUGAACUAUGUGUUCUGGUGCAACAGCACGAUCUUUACGUUCGUUCGGCUGAUCCAGUUCCUGUACAGCCGUCUGUCCAAGAUGAAGGAGCUCUCGAAGGAGCUGGCCGAGCAUCCGCCGAGGGGCGAGAGUCCCAACCCCGUUGCAGUGGCCCUCGGGCUGCAGGCUGCCCAGCGAGACUUCAAGUUUGAUCCAUCCCAGCGCUACGAGGAGCUGAUCCGCAUCAGCUGCGAGUUUAUGCGGAACGAGAUCGAUGCCAAUGACUUUGAGGAGAAGGCGCGGUCGAUGUUUGCGACAUCGGCGUACAUCACAUACACAUUCGACAAGCUGUGCCAGGCGAUCGUGAAGCAGGCCCAGAGCAUCAUCGCCGAUCCGCGCAGCAUGAGUCUCAUCCGGCUCUACAACCAAGAGCGCAGUGCGAUCCUGUGGAGCAAGGAGCGCGACUACUCGUACAAGUCCCUCGCCGAGAAGCAGAUCGACGACCACAUCUACAAGUUUGAAUACUUCACGCGCGAAAAGGUCCUCACGACCCAGCUCAUCUUCAAGGACGAGCUCAACACCGACGAUCUGCUGACUCCCGAGGAAAAGUGGUCCGCCUAUGUCGACAACUUUGUGCAGCUGACCCCGACCGAGGGCGUCCUGCUCCGGCGCCAGGAGCCGUUCCUGCGACGCAGCCUGCCGCCAUCGAUCCCGGACGAGCCCAUCACCAACGUCGAGACCCGGUCGGGGCUGGAGAUGAAGAUUGCCCAGGACACCUACAAGAUCUUCUUUGUCGACAACACCGAGGACUACUUCCACCGCCGCAGCCCGCAGCUCCAGACGGCCAAGGGCCGCGAGGAGUUUGCCUCCCAUUCCCGACGCAACCGUAUCCGGCGCUUCAAGGCGUGGCGGGAGUGGCUCGAGGGCGAGUCGGGCUGGAAGCGCGGCGACGCCAAUCUGACCGAAGCCAUCGAGGAGAACGUCCGGCACUUUGACAACUGGAUGGUCCACGGAAGCACCGGCGGCAGCCACGGCACGGAGAAGAUUGUGGUCGAGACGGUCCAGAGCGAGGAGCAGGCGUAUCGGCGAUUCCGGCUGGUCAAGGCCGAGGAGGCGAGUGCCGAGGUUGGCGACGAGGCGAUGGAAGACGCAGCAUAGAGAAGUGGCUCGCACAGGAGCCGGAGCCAGCAGCGAAUCCGCUCGCUGUGGGUCUUAUCUCGUUGUUGGUUCUCAUGCGAUGAGUCCUUUCAUUGGCAUUCUGAGGCUUGUUCUGGCCACAUCGACUAUCCUCGGUGUCAAUCUUGGUUGUCCGGGAGAUCCACAGCGCCGCAAUGGCCCAUUGUCGCUCUCGCAAGACCGCAGUCGAGUUCCAUGUCAUG